ACCUCCCACACGGCCAUCAACGAGGCCUGCCAGGAGCACGGCCUGAGCCCGAGCGAGUUCCUGGAGCUGUGCGGGCGCGCGCAGGACGCCAAGGCGCGCGCCUACUGCCCGUACAGCGGCUUCCGCGUGGGCGCGGCGCUGCUGACGCGCGCGGGCGACUACGUCGUCGGCGCCAACGUGGAGAACGCCAGCUACCCGGUCACGACGUGCGCCGAGCGCGUCGCCUUCGGCACCGCCGUCGUCGCCGGCGCCGCCGGCCCCGGCGGCUUCAAGGCCGUCGCCGUCGCCACCGACGCCGACACCCCCACGAGCCCAUGCGGCAUGUGUCGGCAGUUUAUCCGCGAGUUCUGCGAGCUGAAUGUGCCCAUCCUCAUGUUUGAUAAGGACAGCAAUUUCAUCGUGCUGAAGCUAGCAGAACUUCUUCCCCUGUCUUUCGGUCCGGACAGCAUGGGAGUCCCCGACCCGGCAAAGCCG